AUUGUAUUGGGUAGCAAUCAAAGUCAUUCAUUAUCUUAUUUAUUGUGUUUGCGCACAGCAAACGUUCAGAUAUGCCACAAAGUAUACGACAAGAUUGAGAUUUGUAUCAAUGAGAUCGUUUGCCAAAAAGUAAAAUAUAAAAAUAAAAGCGACUUAAGAAGAAAAAAAACAGAACAUGUAUACAUAUAUAUGAUAUGUAUAUUUCUUGUGUGCGUCAAAUGAAAGAGAGAGUGUGAAUGACAACGAGUCUAAGAAACACAGAAAAAAAAAUGUGACGUUCGAACAAUUUUGAACUAAUUACCCGUAUUCAUUGAAUGCGUGCGAGCGCGCCCGACGAAGAGAGUUCAUUUUCGUAUUUGACGACAACGACAACGAUAUUAAUGGCUUGUUCAGUAAAGUGUCCGCGAGACAAAUCGACAAAAAUCGCCAUCUAUUUUGUGUUUACACCGCUUUUGCGAUUUUAAAAUGAAGAACAUCAACGGCCGUCGGUGUGUGAGCGAUAUUAUGUCGAUGUUCGUUUAUUUUUCUUUCUUUUUUUUUUCGUUGUCAUUCAAUUGAUUUUAAUGCGGCGGCAGCAGUCGCAAUGUAUUUACUCAUACACCGUUUUUUCUGCUCUUUCUCUCGUUCUUUCUUUGUUGUUUUAUUACGUUCAUUUGGCGUAGUUGUUUCAAUGUAUCAUCUUUUUUUCUUCGUAUGAUGGAAGCCGAGUUAUCUUAUCAUUGAAAUGCAUAUGUAUGGAUCACACCAAUAAUCAGCUGAUAAAAUUAUCAUUAUCACAAUUGGAGAACGAUUAAAAUAGCACUGAGUAUAUUUGAAUUGAGUAGUUUUUGUAGGUAAAUCUUCCAUAUCGCACUGUUCGAGCCGUUCGACACACUUCAUAUUGAUUGGAAUUGGACAGAGAAAAUAUAUUACGCUUAUUAAUUUUCCAAAGUACGGUUUUGCUAUUGGUUUUUCCUCAAUCAAUUACAAAAACAAAAUUCCAAUUGGCAUUCGGCCUGGACGCUCAAGCAAUCAUCGCAUACAUUGCACAUACGACUGUUUAGUCACAAGUGAAUAACGAAAAGAUGAUUAUCAAUUGUGUAAAUCUGUCCAGAAUUGUGCUGUUGUUGAUCGGUUUAAGUGUACGCCAAUCGAAAUCAGAUUCUAUUCGCAAUGGAAUAAUAAUGAAUGGUGCUAACGAGACAGAGGACAGCAGUAACACGACGACGACGGCAUUGGCCAUCGAUGGUUCAAUUGAUAAAAAUGCCAUACAACUGCAAAGUGUCGACGAUGUCAUUUGCCCAAUCAACAGUAGCAAUGAGCACCAGCCGCCGCUGCCGACGCCGCCAUCGAUUCAACCAAGAAGUGGCUCAUCGUUUGAUCAACAUAUGAAACAAUUUGUGGCCAAUUACCCCGAUGCAGUCGUGCUGAAGUCGGAGCAAAAGGAUGACACCAACGAAUUGAAAACAUUUGAUUUUAAUGGAAAGCAGAACGUUGAACUGAUUAUCCAUCGAUUGGAUAUAAAUAAGUAUCUGAAUUAUCUACAAAUUAACUUCACAUCGCCACCAAAUGAAACCAAAUCAUUUUAUUUUACGGAAUUCAUCGAGGCUCCAAAUAUGAAGACAAUCACUCUCAACAAUGUUCAGCAGCUACGAAUCGCCUACGAUUUUAGCAAAAGUGAAGCGAGCCGUUAUCUAGGUUAUGUGUUGUCAUAUCGAUUAUUAGAUACAAAUGAACCUCACCCUGUUGGCUACAGCGCGACAAAUACUUCAGAUACACGGGAUAGAUUGAGCAUUUUGAUCGAAGUACCAAAAUCAAAGCAAACCAACGAAACAUUGAGCCAAUUUCGAACGUGGCUAACCAACAGCACCAACAAAUUCAUCGAUGCAGAAAUCAAUGUCACAGGAAUCAAUGUGGAAAAAUGCAGCGAAGAUAAUGUUACACUUGUCAAUAUUACUGCCUGUAAAACAUCCUGGCCGAACGCGCAAAAUUGUGUUAAAGUCGAUUUUUCGAUUCGAUUGAGAUCGUUGCCAAACGUAACGACAAACGUUGAGAACCAAACUGAAACAUCAGCCACAGAAGCCGGCGGCGACACAACCACUUCAAGCAAUGAAUUUGACAUGGAUCGCGAACAACUGGUUACUAUGUGGGUUCGCUUUGGACGCAAAGAAUUUGCGGAUAAUGGAUUCAAUGAAUUCCCAGUUCCUGAUGCACGGAAGCUAUUCUUAGUGUGGACAUCGGUGAGUUUGGCUAUUUUAGCCGCUUUUCUAAUGGUUUUGGCUGCCAUUUGGAAAAUGGAUGUGCUGCGCGAUUAUCGUCGAAUGUACUGGAACAGUGGCGACGAUGAGAAACAAAUUUGUAAAUCGUCAGACGUUGCCAUGUAUCCAGCUGUGCAUCAAACCGUUCCCACACUCUUCCCAAAUGACCUAUCAGCUCCGAACAUCAGCACAGCAAACGCAUUACCAUUCGAAUUCGUAAGCAAGCCAAUCACAUAUAGCAUAAGUGAUUUUAAGCGACGUCCAUCGAUUGAAGAGUCACUCAAGCCGAGCGGCAAUUCGAAACGAAAAGCAGGUGAAGUGCCAUUCCAAAGCGAUACAGACUUUAAUGAAUCGAAACAAGAUCGACCGGAAGACGAAAUGUACUUCGACGGUACGACAUCACCUCGGUUAGUAGAUUAAACAAGUGAAUAGAAAAAAGAUCGAAGUAAUGUCGUGA